AUGGUGCAUCUCCGCCUCAACGACUCCGACACUUCUCGCAACAAGCACAUCAACUACAUCACCGCACUUCCUCGAUAUGCCAACACGGAUCAGGCACAUCAUCGCCUGCAACAGCUCGCAGCUCAAGUGCAGCCGGUAAUGAAACAGCAUGGAUUUCAGAUCAACUCGCUCGAAGAAUUUGAAUGGAAUCGCGAGUUUGCAGGACGCAACUGGAACAACGGAGAGACCGUCGAACUGGUUCUACGGCGUCAAGAUGGCUCCUUUGCUCCUCUUCAGUGGGUGCUCAUGGUGUUUUGCCACGAGCUUGCGCAUAUCAAGUACAUGAACCACAUCCCUUCUCAGCACGGCAAGCUCGAUCGCGAACUGCGCAACGAGUGUCGCGAACUGCAGGCUCGAGGCUACUACGGCGACGGAUUCUGGUCCGCCGGUCAGCGUCUCGAGGACAACGCCUUUGUGGCUGGAAGUGGUAUCAGCUCGCUUCAGGGUUUGCCCGAGUAUUCCUGCGGUGGGGCAUAUCGGAGCAAGUCGAGCAAAGGGCGAAGUGUGAAACGUCGUCGCACCGGAGCCAACACGCGCUCUCGCGGGCGUGGCUUCAAAGGGCCCAGCCUUCACACGGGAGCACAGACCGCACCCAAUACCAAAGGUGGAAGACGAGUGCAAGCAUCGCUGCCCGGUCGAGGUUCCCGCGUCGAUGGCAACAACCACAUCCCCACCGCAUCAGCAUCGAGUGCCUCUUACAGGGACGACGCCAACUCGACGUUUCGAAAGCGAACACAGACCGCAUCAGCGCGCGAGCUGAGAGCACAGGCUGCUUUGCGUCGUCUUACGGCGACGAAGAGCGAGGACAUCGACAUCAAGCCUGCACCCGGCCUUGACUCUUUCUGGCCUCAGAACCCGGACCCAGGAAGUCCGGCCACGUCUGGCAGCGGAUCGGAUCGUGUCAAGGAGGAAGACGGGGAAGGCACCGAAGACGAGUCCGAUACCGAAGACGAAGACGACGAGGACAGCAAGGAAGGAGGACUUGUCAUUCGGCUCGACGAUUCCUCAUCGGACGAAGCUGACAGGCACAUGAAAGGACCAUCCGGAGCCUCCAGCUCCUCGAAUGAUGGCACCGUCCGGGUCAAGCAGGAGCCCGACCAUUCCACCAUCGCUAGCACAGAGUCUCAACAGCAGCGCCUCGAUCGAUCGCGACUGUACCGUCAGCAUCAGCUCAAGCAGGGCGGCACGCUCCGCUCAACCAGCGAAGACUGGCAAGAUUUCUGCUCGAUCGCUUCCCUGCCGACUGGCCACUCAACUGCCACUUCUGGGCCUUCUGCGGCUCGAUCCCCGACAACAUUACUCAACUCGAAGGACGACCCUAUAGAGCUGGUCUCAUCCGACGAAGAGGACGUCAAGCCGGCAGCUGCGCCCAAAAGGGAACCGAAGAAGGAUGCAUCGGAUUCAUCCUCACGGAAGGGAAAAUGGUCGUGCCAGGUGUGCACGCUUCUCAAUUCACCCAAUGCUCUGCGAUGCGAUGCUUGUCUCGCUACGAAGGGCUCCUUUCUGGUCGGUCAAUGA